AUGAAACGCUACCUCACCCUCGCCGAACUUCCGCGGAAGGAAAAGGAAAAGGUGAUGCUUCUGCUCGCCGCAGAAGAUAACACAGCGUGGCAUCCAGUACAUGACCCCCACCACAGUUUUUGCGUUGAGUGGCAGGUGAGCUCUGGCCAUCCCGCAUUAUCGUUCUUGUCGCUGGGGCAGCUGCAGCCCAUGCAGAAGGACUCGUCUCUGUCGUUCCGGGACCUCAAUGCUGUGCACAAUCGUCAUGAGGAAGACUCUUUGUCGGUGCCGCGCGCAGUCCCACGGGCACAGGGGGGAAGGCCGUCCGUACAAAAGGAGUCGUCCUAUUUUGCUGGCAGGGGAGCGGAGGACAUUAGUCCCUUGACGAUUGACGGGAACAACGGCAGUGGCAGCGCCAUGGACCCAACCUCAAGUCCAAGUUUCUCUUAUUCGUUUGUCCAUACCCUCUCACCCCGUGCCGCCCAACAACCGCGAAGGCGAGUGGGUAACGUAAGCGGUACUUCAGCGAAAACUCGCCGUGGCCGAAGUCGGGGUCCGGUGGAAGAUAGUCCUUGUGUGAGUGUGCGGUCAACGUUUCUUCACCGCCAGUUUACGCCCCAACGGUCAAUGUUCACCCCACGCAGAGAUUAUUUGGAGCAGCCAAGCUUUCUUGGAAACAAUGGUAUAAGAACAAGGGAACGCACCACAGGGCGUGGUCUAACUGCACCCACUACUCACACUAGUACAGAAUCGACAAGCUCCACGCUUCUGCGUUCCGCUCAGUGGGUUACGCGUCUGGUGGAAGACAUUAUGAGUUAUGUUGCCAAAAUGAACACCGUUGAUCAUCAUCAAGUACGUUCUGUUCUCACUCUGACUGUGAGAGUCAUGAAAGCUCGUUAUGGGGUGCUUCAUUGGAACCGCAUGCUGAAGGAACUAGCGCAGGGCCUGCAUAGAUAUCAUGAGAUUAGUUCACUGUGUCGCAUAUUUCGGGAGUUUUUUGUGGACGACUCGGACGCCGCCCUGGAUAAUUUUUGCCUUUUUUCACGCCUUCACCGGGCAGUUAUGAAGCACGGCACCGUGGAGACGCAGAAGGUAUCCCUUCCACUGGGAGGGGCGGAUGACGGUGCCUCACGUUCACUCUUUCAGAGUACCAUAGUGCUGCGCCGUUACGUUGAAAUUCGCUUCCUGAUGUCGGUCCUUAACGACAUGCUUGCCGCUGUGACUCUCACUGAGCGGAAAGGCAUGAACAACUUCACUGUCAUGCGUCCAAGAAAGCUAAAACCCGCUGAAAUGGUUGACGUGAAGACAAUAGUUGCCUAUUGGGUCGAGGAGGAGUCAUCCAAGGCGGAAUCGUUGGCGUUUGACCUUGGAGGAUUUGUGGACCUGCACGAGGUUCUGGCCAUUGUUGUCUCGGCGGUGAGUUUGGUGCGGCGUCGCAGUCCCAUCAGAGGCCGCAGUGUUUCCAGGAAGGGUCGAUGCGACGAGCGCGAGGAUAAACUGCAAGAAGAUUUCAUUACCCCUGGGGAAAGGUCUGGUAAUGGGCACGCCAAUCCCUUUCCAUACACCGAGCAGGCGCGUUUUAUUAUGCAGAUGCAGCCAUCUGAGGCAACGAACCCGCUGAGUUGGACACCAGAGAUGAACUCUGCGCCUCCGCCGCCACCAGCAGCAGCAGCAGCAGCAGCGCCAGCAGCAGGGACGUCCAAGUCAGUAAGGCCUUAUGCAAGAGGCCCCAACGUUUCUGCGACGCGGAGUGAACCAGUCUAUGUGCCGAUCGUAGAGCGCUAUGGAUCCGGUGGGGAUCAUCACGAGGCACAUCAACGAAUGCCCGCGGGGGUGGAUAAGGCGCCAUCGACAAAGGAAUAUUCUUGCGUCUGUGUAGGGGCGAAUGACGCCGGUGAAGAAAAUAGGGCUGGAUAUUUCACACCACCGCCUGCUGGUACGGUUCUUCCUCCGCCUGCUGGUACGGUUCCUACUCCGCCUGCUGGUACGGUUCCUACUCCGCCUGCUGGUACGGUUCCUACUCCGCCUCCCUCACCAAGACAGUGGCAGGGCGAGCCUCUCAUUAUCGAUUUGGACAGUCAACCUCCCCCAUCGGGGAGCACAGGGCCCUCAGCC